UUAUACAAUCUGGAUGGUUCAAACAGAGCCUUAAUACAGUAGAUCUCACGUUGGAGCCGCCCUCACUUUAGGCGUGCAUCACGCGUCUAGGGACGCUAAAAUCUGAAUGGUAGCAUGGUCCAUUUUGCAUCUUGAAAAUCAAACACUACGGCUACACUACGGCUACCCCUUGCUUUCAGAUGCAUCGGAUCGCUAACCGAUCGCAUGACAAUAAAUAAAAUAAACGAAGCCAUGCUUGUUGACGUGUUGUUGUCGUCGUUUCCUUUAUCCAACUAGCAGUAUCUGCCACCGGUUCACUGAAAAUCUGAAGCAGAUCAGGGCUAAGAUGAACUGACGAGACGGAGCAGAACGAAGCAAAAGCGAAGAGAUCAAUCACCAUGGAAGCAUGGCUGCUCCUCCCUCUCGCCCUCCUCCUCCCCAUCGUCAUCGUCCUGCUCGCGCAACGCAGCGCGGCCAAGAAUGGCAGCCGAAUCCCGCCGGGCCCGUUCUCCUUGCCGUUGCUCGGCAGCCUACUGUGGCUGAGGCACUCCUCAGCCAACAUGGAGCCCCUUCUCCGGCGCCUCAUGGCGCAGCACGGCCCCGUCGUGUCGCUGCGCGUCGGCUCCCGCCUCUCCAUCUUCGUGGCCGACCGGCGAGUGGCCCACGCCGCCCUGGUGGAGCGCGGCGCCGCUCUGGCUGACCGCCCGGCGGUCACGCGCGGCCUUUUCGGCGAGACCGGCCACACCGUCGCGCGCGCCUGCUACGGGCCCGCGUGGCGCCUCCUGAGGCGCAACCUCCUCUCGGAGACGCUGCACCCGUCGCGCGUCCGCCUCUUCGCGCCCGCGCGCGCCUGGGUGCGCCGCGUGCUCGCCGACAAGCUGCGGCCGGAGUCCGGCUCCGGCCCCGGCGUGGAGGUGGCGCCCCGCGGGGUCUUGGUUAUGGAGGCGUUCCGGUACGCUAUGUUCUGCCUCCUCGUGCUCAUGUGCUUCGGCGAGAGGCUCGACGAGGCCGCGGUACGGGCGGUCGGCGCCGCGCAGCGCGACUGGCUCCUGUACGUCGCGCGCAAGACGAGUGUCUUCGCCUUCUGGCCGGCUGUCACCAAGCACCUUUUUCGCGGCCGUCUCAAGAUGGGCCUCGCCCUGCGGCGGCGGCAGAGGGAGCUCUUCAUGCCGCUGAUUGACGCGCGGCGGGAGCGCAAGAAGCAGAUCAACCGAGGCGCCGGCGUCGUGUUGCCGAUGGCGGAGACCACGUUCGAGCACUCAUACGUCGACACCCUGCUCGACAUCAAGCUCCCUGAAGAGGGUGGCCGCGCGCUCACGGACGACGAGAUGAUCAUACUCUGCUCCGAGUUCCUUAUCGCCGGAACCGACACCACCUCCACCGGGCUGCAAUGGAUCAUGGCUGAGCUCGUCAAGAACCCGGCCAUCCAGGAGAAGCUCUAUAAGGAGAUCGGCGCCACAACCGGAGGCGACCAGGAAGAGGUCUCCGAGGAGGAUAUCCACAAGAUGCCUUACCUCAAAGCCGUCGUCCUCGAGGGACUGCGCAGGCACCCGCCGGCGCACUUCGUGGUGCCGCACAAGGCGAUGGAGGACAUGGAGAUUGACGGGUACCUGAUCCCCAAGGGCGCCACUGUGAACUUCAUGGUGGCCGAGAUGGGCAGGGACGAGCGGGAGUGGGAGAAGCCGAUGGAGUUCGUGCCGGAGCGAUUCUUGCCAGGCGGCGAUGGCGAGGGGGUGGAUGUGGCCGGCAGCAGGGAGAUCAGGAUGAUGCCGUUCGGCGUCGGGAGGAGGAUCUGCGCCGGACUCGGCGUCGCCAUGCUUCACCUUGAGUACUUCGUGGCCAAUCUGGUUAGGGAGUUCGAGUGGCAGGAGGUUCCAGGCGACGAGGUGGACUUCGCCGAGAAGCCGGAGUUCACCGUCGUCAUGGCCAAGCCGCUAUGCGUGAGGUUGGUGCCCCGAAGCAGGAGCUAACGGUGCUUUAGAGUUUAGACAGCCACACUACUUGCUGAACCUGCUUGUCUGAACUGAAUGUUCAUAUGCAUCUCAGUGGCUGAUGUUCAUAAUUCAUGGAAUCUCAUCUGAUCAUAUUGACCCUUUUAAUGCUUUUGAGUGGGACUGGAUUCCCUCAAAUGGCAAAUCAGGUGGUAUUCUGGUUGGGGCUAGAAAAGAUAAGGAAAGGCAAGUAUGUUAUUCAAGUCA